AGCCCAUCACCAGUUUCAUUUUCAGCUUGAGCUGCUCGAUUUGAAGGCCGUCCAAACCCGCCUGCAAAUCUCGACGGCAGCGAAUUGAAAAAGCGAAACCGCUGCCGUACAGAUCGGCGGACUCCGGCGUCAAUGGUGAAAGGGCUUCAAGGUGGCGGCGGCCAGAACCUCCCGGCCGACGUCGUUCAGUUGAUCGAUCAGUUGGAGCGGCAUUGCUUAGCUCCAGAUGGAUCUCUCGUCUCCAAAUCCGCUUACUACGAUCUACAGCUCGCGAGAGAGGAAAUGGCCAGGGAGAGGCUGCGCUACUUGGAGGCCAUGGCAAUAUACUGCGAAGCCGUUGCCAUGGUGGAAGAGUAUCAGCAGGCUCUUUCGGUGGCAAAUCUUGGAGGAAUUCGCGAUCCUCAGGGUUUAUACUCGCAACUUGGAUUAAAAAGUCCUCCUCAGGGGGAUGCCUUGGCAACGGAGAUGAAGCUCAUUACAAUUACAUUAGCCCAAAGGUUACGGCUUCCUCUAAUAUCAAAAGAUGGCGAGAUACAUGAAGAAGAAAUUGAGAAGUGGAGUAUAAUGUCUCGCAGCUCCAUAGAUAGUACGAGCACCAGUGUCACUAUCAGCUCAAGCUCAAAUUCAGUGAAUUAUACACACAGUUCUGCAACUAGCGCACUCGCUGUUGCAAAUAGUUCUCUGUCUAUAGGUAAUACUGAUGUGGGAGAAUCUGGAGUUGGUGGUGUUCCGAAUCGCUUUUUAGGAAUUACUCCAGCAUAUUUGUGGCAAACUCAACUCCAGAGGGCUCCAUUAUGCAUGGAUAUUACAGAGUACCAAAUGUCUCUCUCUCAUGAGAUUGAGGAUCGUUUGAAGGUGAAAUGUGAUAAGUUGGCUGAUGCCUUUGCUGAUGACAUUGAUUCAUCAUCUGGAAAUCAAAAUUUAAAUGCCCGUCUACCAGAAAGAGUGAAGUCUAUCAUGGAGGAUAUUGAAAGGGAAGAAGUAGCUCUGCGGGAAGACCUAUAUUCUGCAGAUAGGAAAUUUACGGAAUACUACAAUGUCUUGGAGCAGAUACUUGGGGUGCUCAUCAAGCUGGUCAAGGAUUUGAAGUUGGAACAUCAACAUAAAUAUGAUGAACUACAAAAAACUUGGCUAUGCAAAAGGUGCGAGACAAUGAGCGCUAAAUUAAGAGUUCUGAAGCAUAUUCUCCUCUACGAAACCUAUACACAAGAAUCAAUUCCGGCUCUCCACAAGAUAAGGAAGUAUCUCGUUGAGGCCACUGAAGAGGCCUCAAUUGCAUACAAUAAAGCGGUGACACGCCUUCGGGAAUAUCAAGGAGUUGAUCCUCACUUCGACACAAUCGCGACGCAGUACCAUGAGAUAGUGAAGAAAUUGGAAAACUUGCAAUGGACGAUCCAUCAAGUGGAGAUGGAUCUGAAGCGGCUCCCAGACCGCUCAAGUUCAUGAACUUCUAUCAGUUCCCUCUUUUCUAACAGUACAGUUAUUCCUUCAUUUUCUAGAUAGCCUAUGCCAUCAACUAAAUCGGCGUUAGCUUCCUGUUGCGUGAUGGUUGUGGUUAGCUGUGUGGUUGAUUUCGAUUAGCAGCACGUGCUGCACAAAACAUUUGUGUAUAUAUCAUACUUCACAUAUGGCAAUGGAAACUUACUAGGAAUUUUCAAA